AUGACACCAACGAAAAGGAAAUUAAUGGACCUGGAGCCAGGCUUCUCGGUUGCCGGGAGCACUUUGAUUGAAGUCGGGGAAUGUGAGAGAAGAUUAGGAACAGCAGAGAGGGAGUUCCUCCAGACGUCCGCCAUCAGCUUUCUUACCCCUCUCAGGAACUUUCUGGAAGGAGACUGGAGGACAAUUUCGAAAGAACGACGCCUUCUGGAGAAUCUCCGCUUGGACCUGGAUUCCUGUAAAACACGUCUGAAGAAGGCCAAGGUGGCUGAGGCUAAGGCUGCGUGCGAUGGUGAAACGGCUCCAGAUUUUCAGGAGACCAGACCACGUAACUACGUGCUUUCUGCCAGUGCCUCAGCGCUCUGGAGUGAGGAAGUGGAAAAAGCUGAACAUGAACUCCGAGUGGCUCAAACAGAGUUUGACCGCCAAGCAGAGGUCACACGGCUGUUGUUGGAAGGCAUCAGUAGUACUCAUGUGAACCACUUGCGCUGUCUGCAUGAGUUUGUGGAGGCCCAAGCAGCUUAUUAUAAGCAGUGUCAUUUCCACAUGCAAGAACUCCAGAAAGAGCUGGGAAGGCUUCCCAACGCAUUUGCACUGAACUCCACUCAGUCCAUAGCUACGGCUGACUCUGCAUCAGAGGGCAUCAGCAGCCCUGUGGAGACAGACACACUGAAGAUUGAAGAAGUUCAGGCACCAGCUACAGGAACACGCAAGGCCAAAGUCCUUUAUGAUUAUGAUGCUGCUGACUCCAGUGAGCUCUCUCUUUUAGCUGACGAGGUCAUUACAGUUUACACAGUGCCAGGAAUGGACUCUGACUGGCUGAUUGGAGAGAGAGGAAACCAGAAAGGAAAAGUGCCUGUCACAUACCUGGAGCUUCUCAGCUAAAGAACACACAGCAUUGACAAACACAUGUGCAUGUGCAUGUGUGUGAGUGAUUACUACUAAAGCCAUGAGGAUAUUUCAUUCACUUCAUUCAAUUUCACACUCCCACACCAACCUGUAACCUUCAGCAGCAGUCCUCCACAGUAAGCAUUAGCUAAAGUGUUAAGUUAAACAGGCUCACUCAUCUAUCUGUGUGCUUCUCCAAACACACUGAAAUAUAUAUUAACACUGACAGCAGUCAUAAUGGAGACCUUGUUACAAUGAGUGCAGGAAAAUCCCCAUGGGAGAUGGUUAACAUUCCUUUUUAUUAUGAUAAUGAUUUUUUCCCUUUUUAUUUCCUAUUUAUUGUUUGCAUCCUAAUGUUUCAGGUAGACCUUCCACACUGUCUUCAGAGGGAUUUCAUCAAAAUUAUGUUGUUAAUUUGUCUUCAUUGUCUCUUAAAGCUGUUUCAUAGUUUGUCUUAAGAAUGCAGCAGUACAGAUAAAACAAACAUGCAAUAAUCAUGCCUCCUUGAGGUUAAAGGGGCAGUGACCAGUUACGUACAGUUUAUCUCUGUAUGACACACUCCUUAUUAAACAAGAAGUGAAAACUAAUGUGGACAAGCAGACCACAGAUCAUUGUGAUAGACAGGUCAUGUUGUGUUGAUGCAUCAGAUUCCCUGUAAUUACCAGCCAUGGCUGAAGAAAACCAUUCACACCACUUUGUUUUAUUUUAAAGCCAUAAAUCAAACUGAAAGUUGUGACCACUUCCCAUUUUUGCUACAGAAAUGUGUUCUGUUCUUCUUUCUUCCAAUACGACAUGAAAAGACUUCCAUUUCUUGAGAGAUGUAUCUUUUUUUUCUUAAGUCUUGACGCAACCAUUAAAUAUGACAAAGCAUUAAGAAAGCCAUUAGCAUAGGCUUACUGAAAAACAAUACAUAUAAAACAGCAGAUAAAGUUUUCGAUGAAUGUUUCAUCAGCCCAAACUCUUGGAAAGCAGAUUUGCCUUAACUGCUAAUUAAAAUGAAUGUUAUUGUGUGAUUAAAGGCGACAGUCGUGAACGCAAUAUCUCAAGAACAUCUGAAGGGAAAUUCUUCAAAUUUGGCACAGAUGUUCACUUGGACUCGGUGAUGAUUUGAUUAGAUUUUGGUGAUCAAAGGUUA